GCCCAUGAACUCAUCGCCGGCGCCGCAAGCUUUGAGGCCAUGCGAGCAUACGAGCAGCAUCAAGCUCAGAACGGUAAACCUCAAUCCUUCGCGAUAGCAAAGGAGAUCAUCGCUGGAUUUGCCGGCGCUGAGGUGGAUAAGCUGAUCGAGACCAAGGGCCUGAACGAGGUCGACGCCCUUCGAGCCAAGCAUGAAGCGCGCGAACAA